GGAAACGUGUAUAUAUAGGAUCUGUGUACAUGUGCUGGCUUAAAACUCCACGCAGAAAGAGCGUCAGAUGUCAGCCGCAGAGGUUGAAGCCAACAGAUCUAGAAAUGCAAUGCUUGUUUGCAGUGGAACACAAGCGAACCAGCGCAACAUGAGUGCUCCGACAGCCGCCCGCGAAGCUACAGCGCCAGGUCCACUUAGUGCGCCCGUGCCGUUGGCUGAGUUGGAAAUCAGACACACAAAGAUCUUCAUAAAUAAUGAAUGGCAUGAAUCCUGCAGCGGCAAACAGUUCGCAACCUGGAACCCGGCCACGGGGGAGAAAAUCUGCGACGUGGAAGAAGGCGAUAAAGUGGACGUUGAUAAGGCAGUGAUAGCAGCCAGGGAAGCGUUCCGGAUUGGAUCCGUAUGGCGUAGAAUGGACGCUUCUGCAAGAGGAAGGCUUUUAAAUAAACUUGCUGAUUUGCUGGAAAGGGAUCGUGUUGUACUAAGUACAAUUGAAUCUAUUGAUGCUGGAAAGCUCUUCCUUCAGGCAUACUUUGUUGACUUAGAUGGUGCAAUUAAAACAUUACGUUACUAUGCUGGAUGGUCUGACAAAAUCCAAGGACGCACCAUUCCUGUUGAUGGUGAUUAUCUCACAUUUACAAGGCAUGAACCAAUUGGCGUGUGUGGACAAAUUAUACCUUGGAACUUCCCACUUCUGAUGUUUACUUGGAAGCUUGCUCCUGCCCUUUGCUGUGGCAACACAGUAGUUAUCAAACCAGCUGAACAAACUCCACUGACUGCACUCUACAUGGGAUCAUUAAUUAAAGAGGCAGGAUUUCCUCCUGGGGUGGUGAAUAUUGUACCAGGAUUAGGAAGAACUGCCGGAGCAGUUAUAGCCAGCCAUUUGGACAUAGAUAAAGUCGCCUUCACUGGUUCCACUGAGAUUGGUAAAAUAAUACAGCAGGCUGCAGGCAAGAGUAAUCUAAAGAGAGUAACGCUGGAACUUGGAGCGAAGAAUCCAAAUAUCAUAUUUGCCGAUGCAGACUUGGACUUUGCCAUAGAACAAGCUCAUCAUGGUCUGUUCUUCAAUCAGGGACAGUGCUGUUUGGCAGGAUCCAGAAUAUUUGUGGAGGAAUCUAUCUACAAAGAAUUUAUCUGCAAGAGCAUCACCCGAGCAAAGAAGCAUGUUAUCGGAAAUCCUCUAAAUGGAACUGUCACCCAUGGUCCACAGAUUGAUAAAAAACAGUAUGAUAAAAUUCUCGGUUUAAUUGAGAGUGGGAAGAAGGAAGGAGCCAAGCUGGAAUGUGGAGGAUUGCCCUGGGGAGAUAAAGGCUUCUUCAUUCAGCCUACAGUUUUCUCAGAAGUUACAGAUGAAAUGCGCAUUGCCAAGGAAGAGAUCUUUGGACCAGUGCAGCAGAUAAUCAAGUUUAAAACAGUUGACGAAGUUAUUCAAAGAGCCAACAACACUCAUUAUGGUUUAGUUGCUGCAGUUUUCACCAAAGACAUCAAUAAAGCAUUUACCGUGGCUUCAGCUCUUCAAGCUGGGACUGUGUGGGUUAAUUGUUACAAUGCCAUGCAUGUCCAAAGUCCUUUCGGAGGGUUUAAAAUGUCUGGAAAUGGCAGAGAAAUGGGAGAAUAUGGUCUUCAGGAGUACACUGAAAUUAAGACCAUCACCAUCAAAAUUCCACAGAAGAAUUCCUAAAAUAUUUUAAAUGGUUGAAUAAUUAGAAAGAGACUGCGAUCUGAAACUUUUAAAGUCUAAAGUUAAACAUCACAUUUCAUCUGUGUAGUUUCACAAUAAACACAGCCCAGUAUCUGACAGCUGUCCUGUACCAUGAAGUAUGAAUAAUAUAUCGAAGUAGAACUUACCUGUUAGUACUUACGCAGCAAAAAAAGUGAUUAAAAAUUAUAGUUCUACCAGU